AUUAUUAUUUUUUAGAUAUUAAAUUUUAAUAUCAGUUCACACUUUCACAGUAGUUAUUGUAGUCUACACUCAACCUUUUUUUUUUGUUUUGAGUUGUUAAUUAAUUAUAAGUAUUUUCAAUUUUUUUUAUCCAAACAAUAAAAUUUAUAAUAAUAAUUAGAUCAUGUUAAACUGUUCAACUAAAGCUAUUUGUAGUCGAGGAUUUACACCAAAUGUCAUCAGCGUACGAUAUAGAAGAGUCAAUGUACAGAAACCAAGAAAACCAGAUCAUUACCGAGCCGUCAUUGAAACAAUUACAAAGCCUAAGUAUCCAUGGCCAAAACUAUCAGAUAUGACAUGGAGUGAAAGAUGCCCUAAAUCAUUCAGUAAAGCAUUUAAACAAAUAGAAAAUAACCCAUAUGAAAACAUUUUGGCUAAAGAACUUAAAGAAUUAUUUGAGCAGAGUGCAAUGGUUGCAAUAUUUCAUAAAAAUCCAGUAAAGGGGGAAAUUGACUUCAAAACUAGGAAAACUUUUAAAAUGGCUGAUAUGGAUCACGUUGUGUAUGGUAAAAGCACUUUAAAACUAGCCUUGGCAGAAACAAAUUAUGCUGCAGUGUUGAAUUUAUUUCAAUCACACAGCUCAAUAGUAUUUAGUAGUACAUCACAAGUACCAAAAUUGUUAAAAAUUACAAAGAAAAUGCCUCACUUAAUUUUAUUAGCAUCCAUAGUUGAUGGGAAAUUAUUAAGCAAAAACCAAACUGUAGAAUAUGGAAACCUAGUAAAUAUUGAGAAUGCCAGAUCAAGACUGAUUGGUGUAAUCAGUCAAGUAAACAAUAGGUGUUUGCAGACUAUAGGACAAACACAGUUGACAAUGGUUCGAUAUUUGGAACAAUAUGGACAGUCAUUGGAAGUUGAUAAAGAAAAAAAGCCCAUAGAAGAAUUAGACUAACAUUAAAUAUCAACAAAUUGUAACAUUGAUUUUUGGAUAAUUUAUCAGAUUAAUUUUCAAUAAAAUAUUUGUAGAAAAUUAA